GCGACCAUUUCGUCAUGGGUGUCUAGUGGCUUGAUUGAAGCUGGUGUGAAUAUUAUUAUCAUUCAAUAAAGAGCUGGUUCUUUACCAACUUUUUACCUACUUCUCAUUGAUUUCAUAUCUCCUUCUACAUAUCGGCGGAAACUUGAGUCGAUCAAACUCUCUCCCGCAGAUUUGCAUUGUCAAUAUGGCUUCGCUCAAGAGUAUUUACGAGCCAAACCCAGCUCUGGGAAAUGCUUUGCAUACCAAUUUUGAAGUCGACUUCGUAAUCGAUUAUCGUUUUGCUACUACGAACAAAAUCGAAGCCGAAGCACAAUUCGUAAAGCUUAUCGAAGCUCUCAACGAUGUUGGGUUAAUGACUGAAGUGCGAAAUGGAGACAACUGUUCACUUCUUAUAUUUGUCAAAACUGCUUCGGUCAGACAUCUACGGUCCGAAGUAUAUCGCUCCAGAGUACAAGAUUGGUUAUAUGGAGUUCGAACAGCUGCCCCGGAAAAGAACAUGCAAGAGGCUUUGAGUGCAGAACCAAUGACUGAGGCCGAACGAUUAAGAUUGGUCUACCUGUUAAUCACACAACCGAAAAAUGAAGGUGGUGCUGGAAUCACGCCUAAGAGAGGGGAGUGGAAGGGAGUCGAAUCGAUAUUUCCUCUUCAUGAUCAUGCAUUCAAUAUGGCUUGGAUUAAGGAAAUUACCUCAAAGUAUCUUCUCACAACCAAGGAUCUAGAGGAUAUCAAAGACAGAUUUGGUGAAAAGAUUGGAUUCUAUUUCGCCUUUCUACAAUCUUAUUUCAUGUUCAUGGUAUUUCCUGCGGCAUUCGGAUUUUGCGCUUGGGUUCUCUUGGGUCAAUAUUCUCCAAUAUAUGCCGUAGUCAAUGGCUUGUGGGGCAUUGUCUAUACGGAAUAUUGGAAGAAACAAGAAACUGAUCUUGCAGUACAAUGGGGUGUUCGAGGAGUAUCAAAAAUCCAACACAAAAGACCCGACUUCAAGCAUGAAAAGGAAAUCAAGGAUCCAGUCACUGGAGAGCAGAUUAAGUUUUACUCGCCAGUGAAAAGGCUGAGUCGUCAACUACUACAAGUACCUUUCGCACUCUGUGCUGUUGUGAUAUUGGGAAGUUUGAUUGCAACUUGCUUUGCAAUUGAGAUCUUCAUUUCUGAAGUUUAUAAUGGUCCAUUCAAGGCAUAUUUGACUUUCUUACCCACUGUAAUUCUGACAAUUUUCAUGCCAACACUGUCUGUUCUUUUGACAGGAUUUGCCUCAAAAUUGACAGACCUUGAGAAUUACGAAACUACUGAUGCUCAUGAUGCGGCAAUGGUCCACAAAAUCUUCGUUCUCAACUUCAUAACAUCCUACAUGCCGAUCUUCCUCACGGCAUUUGUCUAUGUCCCAUUUGCUAAAGUCAUCGUCCCUCAUUUAGAUAUUUUCCAAAUGGCCGUGAGACCAUUUGCGGAAAAUGAUGAACAAAUGACAGCACCAAAAGCCGGAUUUCAAAUUGAUCCUGAUAGAUUAAAGAAGCAGGUUAUCUACUUCACGGUUACAGCACAAAUCGUCAAUUUCGCUCUUGAGGUCAUUCUUCCAUAUGUCAAACAAAAAGUCUUCAAAAAAUACAGAGAAAUCCAAGCUGAUCGUGCCGCCAAACGUGGGGGUUCCUCAACACCGGAAAGUGAUCAUCCAGAAGAGAGCGCAUUCUUGAUCCGUGUAAGAAAUGAAGCCGAACUAGGUAUCUAUGACGUAACAUCAGAUUUCCGAGAAAUGGUCAUUCAAUUCGGUUAUUUAUCUCUCUUUUCAGUCGUUUGGCCUCUCACUGGUCUUUCUUUCUUGAUUAACAAUUGGAUUGAACUUAGAGGUGAUGCUCUCAAAAUCGCAUUGGAAACGCAACGUCCUGUUCCAUGGCGCGCGGAUUCUAUAGGCCCAUGGAUUGAAGCAUUGGGUUUCUUGUCAUGGUUGGGAAGUCUUAGUGCGGCAGCUCUGGUAUAUCUAUUUUCUGGGGAUGGACUCGGACCGGAUGGAACACCAAGUAAGAUGACAGGAUGGGGAGUGUUACUUACUAUGUUUUUCUCGGAACAUAUUUAUUUGACUUUGAGAAGAGGCAUUCGAUUGGCAUUGAGUAAAAUUGAUAGUCCGGGUUUGCAGAGAGAGAGAAGGGAAAGAUUUGCAGUCAGGAAGCAUUAUCUAGAAGAAACCAUAUCGCAAGAAGCGGCGGAAAAUGCUGCUUCGGGAGGGAUUACAAAUGGGGAGAAGAUUAGUAGAAAUACGUUGGAGGAAGAAGCAAGAGAAUCGAGUUUGAAAGGUCAUGGAACUGCAGAGGAGAGAUUCUGGCAGAGACAAAGAGGACAAGGAGAAACUAUCGCGAUGGGAAGAAGUUUUAUCAAUAAGACUGCUCCAGAUGUGGAAUCGAAGAAGGAACUUUGAUUAGGUUUUGUUUUUACUUAUUUUUGAUACUCUUGUGCUUGGAUGGGGAAGGAUAGGGGAAAGGCGGAAGGGAAGAGUAGGAAAAUCUGGAGGUGAAUUAAAGUGUAGUUAAAGCGAGAGAUAUUCAUUCAUAAAGGCUUUUUUGCUUCUUGAUUAUUCUCGAUUAUCUCUUUUUGUUGGGUUUGAUUUUGAUUUUGAUUCUCUUGAUAGUAUCUAUUUAGCUAUGCAUAGCGUGGAAUAGUUAUAUGAUUGGAAUGAAAUGGAAUGGAAUGGAAUGGGAUAUCAGAAUAUCAGAAUAUAUGAGAUAUAUGUGCUCUUUGUUCAAUGUUCAAUAUUUGAAGUUUAAAGUUCAAUAUUCAAAGAGAGAUUAAGAGAUCUUUAUUUAUCUAUUUAUCUAUUUA